AUGACCAGGCUUCUGGGCCUGGCGCACAGAGUGGCUUUGGCUGCCUUGCGUUGCGGUGGCCGCAGCUGCCGCGGGCUCGCCAUGUUUUAUGCCGUGAGGAGGGGCCGCAAGGCCGGGGUCUUCCUGACCUGGGAUGAAUGCAGAGCCCAGGUGGACCGGUUUCCUGCAGCCAGGUUUAAGAAGUUUGCCACAGAAGAGGAAGCCUGGGCCUUCGUGAGAAGCUCCGCAAACCCUGAUGGUUCAGAAGGACAGAAAAAUAAACAUGUACAGGAAUCACAAGUGAAGGCAAACAAGCGACUUCAUGAGCCCUUGGACGAAGGUGAAGGUGAAACCACAGAGCCGUGUGCAAAGCACAUGAAACAGAGCACAGAACCGCUGCCUUCAGUGAGCAAAGACACGUUUUCUUAUAUGGGGCACUCUGUCAUCGUCUACACGGACGGCUGCUGCUCCAGUAAUGGGCGGAGGAGGGCUCGAGCAGGAAUCGGUGUUUACUGGGGGCCAGGCCAUCCUUUAAAUGUAGGAAUUAGACUUCCUGGGCGACAAACAAACCAAAGAGCAGAGAUUCAUGCAGCCUGCAAAGCCAUCGAACAGGCAAAGGCUCAGAACAUCAAUAAGUUGGUUCUCUACACAGACAGCAUGUUUACUAUCAAUGGCAUCACUAAUUGGGUGCACAGCUGGAAGAAGAGUGGAUGGAGGACCAGCACAGGGAAGGAGGUGAUCAACAAAGAGGACUUCAUGGUGCUGGACAGGCUUGUCCAAGGCAUGGACAUUCAGUGGAUGCAUGUUCCUGGCCAUUCGGGAUUUAUAGGCAACGAAGAAGCUGACAGAUUAGCAAGACAAGGCGCGAAGCAACCUGAAGACUGA